AUGCAUUAUUUGCUCUCCGCCCGACUGUCCCCUCUUACGUCGUGCCUCGACUUCCACUUGUACUUCAUACUUCUUUUUGUGUUUCUCUCACCUCUCACAGCUUUUCAUUUCUCUUUGAUUCUCCUCCAUAUACCAUUUAUCAAAGGCCGGCCGCAUUCGGAUUGUUACUUGUGUGCUCGUUGA